AUGGGGAAUAUCUUGUGCAUCUAUUUGUUUUUGCAUUACUGUUUCAUGGCUACCUUAGCUGUGACAGCCAAAAAUUUAACAACCGAUCAAUCUGCUCUUCUUCAAUUCAAAUCACAUAUCACUUCCGAUCCCUACAGUGUACUGGCAUAUAACUGGUCCAUUUCUAAUCCAAUCUGUAACUGGAUUGGUAUUUCCUGUGGUGGUCACCAUGAAAGAGUCACAGCCUUGAACCUUUCAUUCAUGGAUCUCGGUGGCACCAUCUCUCCACACCUGGGCAAUCUCUCAUUCCUGCUAAAUCUCGAUCUUAGUUACAACAAUUUCCAUGGCCAUCUACCGAAUGAACUGGGACAAUUACGCCGACUGAGAGUCUUUUCUAUCAGUAACAAUAGAAUAAGUGGAGGUAUUCCGGGAUUUAUCGGUCUCUUAUCCAAACUCCAAAUCCUGAAACUUGAAUAUAAUAAUUUAUCAGGUACCAUCCCAGAUGUCCUCUUCAAUGUAACUACGCUAGAGGCCUUGUGGUCACACAACAAUAAUAUCCAAGGAAGCAUUUCAUCAGAGAUUGCGAAGCUCACCAGGUUGAAAAUUUUCUAUAUGGCAGAAAACUUUCUCUCGGGCUCCAUACCUUGGGGCAACAUCUACAACUGUUCCUUGCUACAAGUGUUUCGUUUAGGCCGCAAUUCUUUGUCUGGCAGUCUGCCGGAUGGUCUCUGUAAUCGUCUUCCAAAACUUGAAUGGCUAACUCUAUCUUCAAAUGGACUUUCUGGCCAGCUUCCGAGAAGUUUAGGCAACUGCAGCGAGGCUGUUGCUUAUUCAUUUUCGCUGAAUAAAUUUACUGGACUCAUACCACAAAAUAUUGGAAAUUCGAGUAAGAUUACGGUGUUGGCUCUUGAUCGUAACAACUUAGAAGGUGAAAUUCCAGAGGAGAUAGGCAACUUGCAAAAUCUUCAAUAUCUCUCUCUAGAUUCCAAUAGCUUAAGUGGUGUAAUUCCAACUUCAAUCUUCAAUAUUUCAACCAUAAUUAGGAUUACUCUAGCUGCGAAUUACCUUUCAGGCUAUCUACCAUCAACCAUUGGCCAUGGGGUUCCCAACUUGAUUGAUCUUUUCUUAGGGUCAAAUGAACUUACUGGGACAAUCCCCACCUCCAUCACCAAUGCUUCCAAGCUCGUUAAGCUAGAUCUGGCCUUCAACUCAUUUUUUGGGCCUGUUCCAAGUACAUUUGGCAACUUGAAAUUCCUCGAAGGGCUUCAUCUUGGGUCCAAUAACUUCACCACUGAAUCACCAACUGCAGAAUGGAGCUUUCUGUCUUCUUUGACAAAUUGCAGGAAACUAAAGACUCUAAAAUUCUAUAAUAAUCCACUGUAUGGCGUUAUACCACAUUCAAUCGGUAAUUUAUCUGCAACUCUUGAGAUUUUUUCUGCAAGAAAUUGCAAGAUCAAGGGCAGCAUUCCUACUGAGGUGGGUAACUUGCACAGCUUGAUAAGUUUAGAUCUUUCGCAAAAUGACUUGAACGGAUUUAUUCCAACAACGAUGGGAAAUUUGCUGAAUCUCCAAGGUCUGUGGCUAAAUAAAAAUAAUUUUUUGGGGUUCAUUCCUCACGAGCUUUGCAAAUUACACAAGAUAGAUAAACUGUUGUUAAAUGAUAAUAUGCUUUCUGGACCAAUACCAACAUGCAUGGCGAAUUUGACUUCUCUGAGAGAUCUGCAGUUAGGCUCCAACAAAUUUGACUCUAGCAUACCCCCAUCCUUAUGGACUAUUCAGUAUAUCUUGCAGGUAAACUUGUCAUCGAAUUCAUUGAGAGGUUUUUUAUCUCCAGGAAUACAGAGUUUGAAGGUCUUGAGGGAAUUAGAUUUGUCAAAAAAUCUCUUGUCAGGAAACAUUCCCACCACCCUUGGGGGCCUUCAAUCUCUUGAAAGUCUAUCUUUGGCUGACAAUGGAUUUGAAGGUGUCAUCCCCAACACAUUUAGGGCAUUGAUAAGCUUGGUAUCCUUAGAUCUCUCUAACAAUAGUCUUUCAGGUGAAAUUCCCAAGUCAUUGGAGGCUCUCACCUAUCUCAAAAACUUCAAUGUCUCUGUGAAUAAUUUACAAGGGGAGAUUCCCAACAAAGGUCCUUUCAAAACAUUUUCUGCUCAAUCCUUUUUGUUAAAUCAUGCAUUGUGUGGUUUGCCAAGGCAAGAGGUUCCUCUUUGCAAGGUUGACGCCAUCAAACGUUCAAAAACACUAAUAAUGAAAUACAUUUUGCCUUCAGUUCUCCCAAUUUUAGUGACAGUGAUUGUAUCCGUUGUCUUCAUAAGGUGUCAUUACGGAAGAAAACAUUCUUCAGUUGAUCGAGUUGAUUCGUUAUCUUUAGCAACAUGGAGAAGAACAUCUUAUCUAGAAAUUCAACAAGCCACUGAUAAUUUCAACCAGUGCAACUUGCUUGGUGUUGGUAGCUUUGGUUCAGUAUUCAAAGGGACACUUUUUGAUGGAACUAUAGUUGCAAUAAAGGUUUUUAAUUUGCAAGAAGACAGUGUCCUUAGAAGCUUUGAUUCUGAAUGUGAAGUAUUGCGCAACAUCCGUCAUCGAAAUCUCAUAAAAGUCUUGAGCAACUGUUGUAACAUCGAUUUUAAGGCCUUGAUUCUCGAAUUCAUGCCCAAUGGUAGUCUGGAGAAGUGGUUGUAUUCUCACAACUAUUUCCUAGAUAUGCUACAAAGGUUGAACAUAAUGAUAGAUGUUGCAUCGGCUCUUGAAUAUCUCCAUUAUGAUUAUUCAACACCAGUCAUCCAUUGUGAUUUGAAACCUCAAAAUAUCUUAUUAGAUGAAGAUAUGGUUGCCCAUGUGAGUGAUUUCAGCAUUGCCAGGCUCUUAGAUGAAGGAGAUUCGAAAACACAAACCCUUACACUAGCAACUAUGGGGUAUAUGGCGCCAGAGUAUGGAUCAAUGGGGAUUGUGUCCACAAGAGGAGAUGUCUACAGUUUUGGGAUUUUGUUGAGGGAAACUUUCACGAGAAAGAAGCCCACAGAUGAGAUGUUUGAUAGAGAAAUGAGCUUAAAGAACUUGGUGGAGGCAUCGUUGCCUGAUGUAGUAACAGAAGUUGUGGAUGCUAAUCUGUUAAGAGAUGAGAAUGGUUUUGCUGCCAAAGUGAAUUGCAUGUUAAGCAUCAUGAAUUUGGCUUUGAAUUGUUCCAUGGAAUCACCUGAACAGAGGAUCAACAUGAAAGAUGUCUUGGCAAAACUCAAGAAGAUCAGACUGCAAUUUCAGCGAGAUAUGCAGCAUUACUUCAACACAUUGAACCAAACGCACCGUUUUGAGAUGGCCUUUAAGCUUCCACUGAAAGCUUCAGUGGAACUGUUGUGUUUUCUUGCUCUGGCAUCUGUUUUGUGGCGUCGGCAUAUGCUGCAACUGCAGCAUCUGGGGUCAUGCUUUGGUAAUGAGAAGGCAACCGAGCAGCUUGUUGUGAUGCAUAGUAAACUUGUUCACGAGCAGGAUUUGCGUCUUCUGAUCCUCAUCGUGAGCACGAAUCGAGGCAGCAGCAACCUGUACAAGGCUGGAGCAAAAUUGUGGAAUCUUGUAGAGAGGGAGAUUUCUAGAGAGAUAGGCAGUGCAUUUACUCAACAGAGAUGUGUGUCGCCGCCUAUGUAG